AAGCCAUCAGCAAUCCUUAGCAUAGGGGCACACUCAUGCAUUCCUGUCAAGUCAUCUUGUGAAAGGCUGCCUGCUUCCAGCUUGGCUUGGAUGUGCAACCUUAAUAAAACUCACUGAGGUCUGGGAGAAAAUAGCAGAUCUGCCGCAGAUAGGGCAGAGGAAAGGGUCUAGAAUAUGUACACGCAGCUGACUCAGGCUCCACGCUGAACGGUUACACUGGGAGGAAACAAUAAAUCUCCGCUACUAUGCAAUAAAUAUCUCAAGUUUUAACGAAGGAAACUAUCAUUACAGUGAAAUAAAAAAAUAACAUUUUAGAACAAAGCUAACAAAUGGCUAGUUUUCUGUGAUUUUUCCAGCGUUUCCUUUGAAGGGGAAAAAGUCAAACAAGUAAGCAGUUUUACCUGAAAUAAAGAACUAGUUUAAAGGUCAGAAGAAAGGAGCAAGGUUUGCGAGAGGCACGGAAGGAGCGUCCGGGCAGUACAAUGACAGUUGUCCUUUCCUUUGCUUUCCUCGCUGCCAUUCUGACUCACAUAGGGUGCAGCAAUCAGCGCCGAAGUCCGGAAAACAGUGGGAGAAGAUACAACCGGAUUCAACAUGGGCAAUGCGCCUACACUUUCAUUCUUCCAGAACACGACGGGAACUGUCGUGAGAGUACGACAGACCAGUACAACACCAAUGCUCUGCAGAGAGAUGCUCCACACGUGGAACCGGAUUUCUCUUCCCAGAAACUUCAACAUCUGGAGCAUGUGAUGGAAAAUUAUACUCAGUGGCUGCAAAAACUUGAGAAUUACAUUGUGGAAAAUAUGAAGUCGGAGAUGGCCCAGAUACAGCAGAAUGCAGUUCAGAACCAUACGGCCACCAUGCUCGAGAUAGGAACCAGCCUCCUGUCCCAGACCGCAGAGCAGACCAGAAAGCUGACAGAUGUGGAGACCCAGGUUCUAAAUCAAACUUCUCGACUUGAAAUACAACUGCUGGAGAAUUCAUUAUCAACAUACAAACUAGAGAAGCAACUUCUUCAACAGACAAAUGAAAUCUUAAAGAUUCAUGAGAAAAACAGCUUAUUAGAACAUAAAAUCUUAGAAAUGGAGGGAAGGCACAAGGAAGAGCUGGAUACCUUAAAGGAAGAGAAAGAGAACCUUCAAGGCUUGGUUACUCGUCAAACAUUUAUAAUCCAGGAGCUGGAGAAGCAAUUAAACAGAGCCACCACCAACAACAGUGUCCUACAGAAACAGCAGCUGGAGCUGAUGGACACAGUCCACAACCUUGUCAACCUUUGCACUAAAGAAGAUAGAAGCCUUCUGCAAGAUUUUCAAAACCAUGAUGAGUUGGGUCAUGAUCCAAAAGUUUUACUAAAGGGAGGAAAAAGAGAGGAAGAUAAACCAUUUAGAGACUGUGCAGAUGUUUAUCAAGCUGGUUUUAAUAAAAGUGGAAUCUACACUAUUUAUAUUAAUAAUAUGCCAGAACCCAAAAAGGUAUUUUGCAAUAUGGAUCUUAAUGGAGGAGGUUGGACUGUAAUUCAACAUCGUGAAGAUGGAAGUCUGGAUUUCCAAAGAAGCUGGAAAGAAUAUAAAAUGGGUUUUGGAAAUCCCUCUGGUGAAUGUUGGCUGGGGAAUGAGUUUAUUUUUGCCAUAACCAGUCAGAGGCAGUACACACUAAGAAUUGAGCUGAUGGACUGGGAAGGAAACCGAGCCUAUUCACAGUACGACAGAUUCCACAUAGGAAACGAGAAGCAGAACUAUAGGUUGUAUUUAAAGGGUCACAGUGGGACAGCAGGAAAACAGAGCAGCCUGAUCUUACACGGCGCUGAUUUCAGCACUAAAGAUGCUGAUAAUGACAACUGUAUGUGCAAAUGUGCCCUCAUGCUAACAGGAGGCUGGUGGUUUGAUGCUUGUGGCCCCUCCAAUCUAAAUGGAAUGUUUUAUACCGCGGGACAAAACCAUGGAAAACUGAAUGGGAUUAAGUGGCACUACUUCAAAGGGCCCAGUUAUUCCUUACGUUCCACAACUAUGAUGAUUCGACCUUUGGAUUUUUGAAAGCACAAUGUUGGAAGCAAUAAUAACAGCAGCCCAAAAAUCUGGAGAAGCUAUCAGAUAAGAAACUGCUUGAAAACUUCUGAAGCAAACUAUAUUGUUUCCCUUCCUGCAUGAAGUGGUAGAAUGCAAAAUGGCCAAGGUUCUUGACUAUGGAUUUGGAGCCUUUUGAAUUCACCAAAAUCUCUACUUGGGUUUGCCGUGUUCAUGAGGCUUGACUGUAGAGAAUGCCACUCAUGCUGUUUCUAAAGGGAAGAAACUGCUCAGCUUGCUGUGCUUCAAACUACUACUGGAUUUUAUCUUUGAACUUUGGUAGUCAAGUGAUAAAUACAGUUUAUUUCAUGUGAAACUGUAAAAGAACAUGAAGAAUAGAAACAGACUACCAUACUUUUUUGGAAAAGAUGUAUUACACCCAUGAAAUGGUGUCGUAUCUAUGCAAACCUAACUACAAAUAAAUUUAUACUGUUGCACAAUUUUGAUAAAAGUUCAGAAAGAGCUGUGUUACUCUCUAAGUUGGUUAAAUGUUAAUGAAUUUCAGCUCAAUUCCAAUAAUACUUAAUAGUUGAUUUCAGUUAGCCUAUCUUCUAAUGUAAAUUUCAUUUUUGUAAGCCAUAACGAAUUGUAGUAAUUGGAGAAUGCCAGUGUGAAAUAGAAACACACCACAUUACUCUUUGAUUUUUUUUUUUUUUGGAUACUGUUUUCGGAAAAAAAUUAACAUAAUAAAGUAAGAGCAUACCAAGUUAAAAAAAGAAAAAAAUCUUAUCUCCCCAUGCUACAGUUUCCAUUUACUUCAAUAGCUGACUGAUUCAUAUAUAUUUAUAGUCUGAGUAAAGUUUAAAGAAUGUGAAAUAUAUCAUCAAGUUCUUGAAAUCAUAUACAUGCAUUUAAUAUUUUCCUUGAUAUUAUACAGGAAAGCAAUAUUUGGAAUGUAUUAAUUUGAAGUAAACUGGAGCAAUUCAUUUUACAGUAUUUUCCUGCAUGCUUAUCAUACAUGUAACUUCUUCAUUUUAAAAAAGGUUUUAGAUUUUCAUUUUUUCCAUUCUGUUAUUUCAUGCUAAUUUAAUUUUGCUGAUUAACUGAAACAAGCUUCAAAUUCACUCCAUUCAGUUCUAUAAAGAAUACACUUUAAAGUCUAAAAAAAAUAAAAGAAGAAUUAUGAAUAUCAUUGUACAUAACAUGUUUAUAUCUAAUAGUGGUUUAAUCUGGAAUAUGCAACAUUGUCCUUUAUUGAUGCAAAUAAACUCAAGAGUUCAAAGAAAUCUACCAGAUUGCUUAAUGAAAUAUAUUACUUUUCAUAUUUUUCUUCUUUAGGCCCUUUUUCCUUGGGCAAUUUCUAGUUUUAAAAAAUUAAUGUUAGCAGAGAAAAUGGGCAAGACCUCUGCAUUAUACAUAAGGGACACACACAAUCAUAGUUACUUAAGAAAAUUCUAAAUUAUAGCUGUUGUAAACCUUUUAAUAGAAAUAUUCCUAUGGGAUAAUCUAUUUACAUUAAUUUCUGGGCACAGAUUUUUGUGACAACUUGAAGUUAUUACAGUAUUUUAUCAAGAAGUGUUCUCUGCCUUUAAGUGUUCAAGGUUACAAUAAUGAACAGUUUUUAUGGAAACAUGAGUUUCUAUGAGAUGAGAAGUAGAAAUAGAUAAUGGAUUGCCUUUCUUAGAAAAGGAAAAACUUUUUUCAAGAUAGGAACACCAAUUUCAACAUGGCGACUUGAUCCAUUAUGCCUUACUGGUUGUUUUCUUCCCUCCAUGUUAGAGCAGAAAGUUAACCACAGUUUUUAGAAAAUAUUUUUUGACUUUUACCAUCAGGUCUCUUAUAUUUGUGUCUGUAUACAAACUUUCUUUUGUCUUACAAGUAUAUUUUUAGGUAUUACACAGUUUUUCUCUUCUUGGUGGCUCUUCAUAGCACUGUUACAUCCCACCCUCUAAAACUCUAUCCGUUAUUUUCAUUUAUGUGAAGAAAUGAGUGUUUAGUUCUUUGUGUUUGUGUUCCUACAGAUUUUUUAACAGUCCUUGGGCAAGGUAUAUUAUUUCCCAACUCAUAUUAUAAAAAUAAAAUAAUUAAAAAGCAUGAUCCUUACUGUUUUGUUAUCUGGGUUUGAAAAUAAAAUAUUUUUUCCAAUUAUUUAUAAUAAAGUGGUAUAAAAUAUUUUAUGACUCCAUAUGUGCAUUGUGUAAGGCCUAAUG